GUAACGGCGCCGUUAUCGGCCAGCGUGUGUUGGUCCCCACAGUGAGAGGCGCCAUGUUGCGCUGACAAGCAGACCACCAGGCUAUACGAUCAGAUCAAUCGUCUGCAGUGAAAGGUAGAAGUUUCUAUUGCUUCUAUAGACACAGGUUAAUGAUGGCUCGCAGCACGAUUGUGCAGCCUCGAGCUGCAGUACCAAGGUACAUGUAGUUGUUCCAGUACUACGUCGACACGAAGCAUCUCAUGUGCCUCGUCACCGCCGUUCGGGAAUAAGAGUCGGAAGUACUCCGUGGCGGCAAUAAGAGUCGCCAUCUGACAAGUAGCCGAAUAUCCAUGAUCAGGUUCAAUUUUAAAGGAUCUGAUCGACGGAAACUUGACUUGAUCACUAAUUAAUACUGGUGUCCUUCAUAUCUCAUGGCGACUCAGUCAAAGGUUUGUAGACGCCACCCACCAUGGCCGAUAUUGAGCGACAGUCCUACGACCAAACGGAGUCUCUCUCACGAGUCGAUACUGAGGAGACAUCCGAUCACGAUGAACCCAUAAACACUCGACCAAGCGCCCUUGAGCGCUUCUCGUCUGUCGUAGGGGACUCGACGAUGCCUGAUCCCCAGGCUGAAGAAGACCACAUGUCCAGGGUGUCCAGCGGGCCAGCCUACAGCGCCUUUUCGCCGGCUAUGAAGACAUGGAUCACGGUCAUGCUCUCAGUAGGGAGCUUCAUCUCGCCCAUGACCGCGAACAUCUACUUCCCAGCUCUCAACCCGAUUGCAGAAGAUCUGGGGGUGUCACUUAGUCUGGUCAACUUGACUCUGACGACAUACAUGAUCUUCCAGGGUUUGGCACCAACGUUGUUUGGUGAUUUCGGUGAUAUGGCUGGGCGACGACCAGCGUACAUUGUCGCUUUCACCAUUUAUUUGUUUGCCAACAUUGGACUUGCGCUGCAGAGGAACUAUGCGGCCUUGAUGGUGCUCCGGUGCGUCCAGAGCUUCGGAUCCAGUGGCACUAUCGCCUUGGGCUUCGCCAUGGUCGCUGAUAUUGCGGCCCCCUCCGAAAGGGGGCGAUACAUUGGCUACCUGGGCGCAGGUAUCAAUGUCGGGCCUGCCAUUGGACCUUUUCUCGGAGGCAUUCUGAGCCAGUAUCUUGGCUGGCCAUCGUUGUUCUGGUUCCUGGCGAUUGUCGUCACAGUCUGGCUGGUUCCUUGGAUCCUGACUGUUCCUGAGACGUGUCGCAACGUUGUUGGAAAUGGCAGCACCCCGGCGCAGUCGUGGAAUCUGCCGGUGAUACAGUACUGUGGAAAGCGCAAGAGCAGUCAAGAGCACGCCGAGACUCGAAAGCUGCGCUUCCCCAACCCGAUACGCACACUCGCUGUCGUCUUCGAAAAGGAGAUGGGACUGAUCCUUAUCCUCAAUUCCCUGCUGUACGUUGGCUUCAUCCUGACGGCUGCAACUCUGGGCACGCAAUUCAAGGAGAUCUAUGGUUACAAUGACUUGCAAGUUGGGUUGUGUUACCUUCCGUAUGGUGGUGGGUCGAUGAUGGCAGUUAUUGCGCAGGGAUACAUACUUGAUUGGAACUAUCGCCGUAUUGCGAAGAAAGCCGGGAUCACCAUCAGUCGCCGGCGAGGCGACGACCUACGCGACUUUCCCAUCGAAACCGCACGUUUACAGCCCAUCUAUCCAGCCAUGUUGCUAGGAGCGGGCGCACUAGUUGGGUAUGGCUGGGCACUGCAGGUCGAGACGAGUGUUGCAGCACCGCUGGUCCUUUCGUUCCUGAUUGGCGUGCUCGUACCGACGUCAUUUCAGACGUUGAACACUCUCAUUGUUGACAUCUUCCCUAAAGCUCCCGCCACAGCGACCGCGGCUAACAACCUUGUCCGCUGUUUGGUGGGAGCUGCAGGCGCGGCAGUCAUUGAGCUGGUGAUCAAAGGUAUUGGACGGGGGUGGACCUUUACUAUCAUGGCGUGUCUGGUUUUAAUUUGCAUACCGGGUCUGCUCUUUGUUGAAAAGCAUGGGCCCAAAUGGCGCAAACAGAAGCUCGCGAAGAUGGAGGCGCCGGCAUCAUCGCCACGAGAAAAGUAGACAGUCUGUCUGAAAGCAUCUUUACUUUAUUGCAUCUGCUCAUCUAUAAUGCUGGCACCGCAUUGUCGAGUGACUGUCGCUGGGCCUCCCACAUCAACCAGUCUGACCUCGUGGUUCUGAU